UGGGAGCCGAGCGGCUCCGAGCAGCUCCCCUCCUCUUUUCCUCCUCUCCAGCAUCUCUCUGGUCGGAGGAACCCGCCGCUCUGUGACGGAGGAGAACCAGCAGAACGAACCGGACCCGGAUCGGAGCCGAACUGUCCUCAGCCCGGUGAGUCAUGCCGCUGGUGAAACGCAUCAUCGAGCCCAGGUACCUGUGCCGUGGAGCUCUGCCUGAUGGGGUCGCCAGCGAGCUGGAAUGUGUCACCAACAGCACCCUGGCAGCUGUCAUCAAACAGCUGGGAGGACUGAGUCGCCAUGCUGAGGACAUCUUCGGUGAGUUGUUCUCUGAGGCUAACAGCUUCUAUCUGAGGAUGAAUCAUCUCCAGGAGAGAGUCGACCUGCUGGCGGUGAAGGUGACGCAGUUGGACUCCACUGUGGAGGAAGUCUCUCUGCAGGACAUCAACAUGCGUAAAGCCUUCAGGAGCAGCACCAUCCAGGACCAGCAGGUGGUGUCACGGAGCUCCAUCCUCAACCCAGUUCUGGAAAUGUACCAUCGCUGUGACAAGCCGCCGCCCCUCAACAUCCUGACACCCUACAGGGACGAUAAGAAGGAUGGACUGAAGUUCUACACCGACCCGUCGUACUUCUUCAACCUGUGGAGGGAAAAGAUGCUUCAGGCCACCGAGAACAAACGCAAGGAGAAGCGACGCCAGAAGGAACAGAAGAAUGUGGAGGAAUCUUCAGGACGGGAGGUGAAGAAGGUCCGUAAAGCUCGAAACCGGCGCCAGGAGUGGAACCUGAUGGCGUACGAUAAGGAGCUCCGCCCAGAUGCUCGGGUGACGCCGUCGCCGUACCACACCUCCGACGGCUCCAUGUCACCUGACAGGUCAGGGAUGUCAGAUGACCCCUCCUUUCCGGCGAGCCCCCACCACCCUGAUGGGAAGGACCACGUUGCCGUGGCGACCAGCAGAACCGGUCAGACUCAGUCGUUGGACCGAGCUCUCAGACCCGCCUCAGCCUCCUCUGCCGUCACCACGGCAACCGCCAGGCAGCAUUCUCUGGGACGUAACCAACCGCAUCAUCACCACCAUCCUCCUCCCACUGGCUCAGCCAAUCAGAACGGAGCACGGAACAAGGAUGCCAAUGACCAUCAGAUCCCUCCCGCACCCCCGCCGCCGCCCCCUCUGAUGACGUCAUCUGGACAGAUGGCAUUAACCAACAGCUCCGUCCACGGCGCUGCUAUGGCAACUCCACUGCAUGCUGCUGGUGGCCCCGCCCUCUCUCGGCCCUACAGCCCCUCCCCUCCGCCCCCUCCCCCUGUUAAUUACGUCCCUUCCCCCUCCCGCCCUGGAGGACAGGCUCCCCCCUCUGCCGCCAUUACCCCGGCACCCCCAGCGACGGACGGCAGGAAGCCUCCCGGCGACCCUAAUGUACCGAUGAACGACGCUCGCAGCGACCUGCUGGCUGCCAUACGCAGAGGGAUCCAGCUGAGGAAGGUUCAGGAGCAGCGCGAGCAGGAAGAAGCCAAAAAACGAGAACCGGCAGGGAACGACGUGGCCACCAUCCUGUCGAGACGCAUCGCCGUGGAGUACAGCGAAUCGGAGGAGGAGUCUGAGCCUGAGGACCAGGAGUGGUCCGACUGAGGAGGAGAACAUCCAGAACAUUCAGAACAUCUAGAACAUUUAGAACAUUUAGAACAUCCAGAACAUCUACAAUAUUCAACCACCAGAGGAGAACCCUUCUGUUGAUGGUUCCAGUCUAACUUUAGUUCUUUCUGUCACUGACGGAGAACGUUUUGGUUCUGGUCCGGUUCCAGCAGCUCUACUGGAGGAACCUUCAUCCAUAUUCAGGAGAACCUGGUGUUUAAAUCUGGACUUUAUCCAGAUGUUCUAGAAUCCUUUAAUCUGAUUCUAUUUAUUUUAAUCUGGAUAAUCUUUGUUCUGCUUAUUAUUUAGUUUUUAUUGAGUUCAGAAUAAUUUUACAUUUUUAAAUCAUUUUAUUGUGAAAGGUCUGUUUUACUGAUAGAAAAUUAUUUUUCUUUAUUUUGUUUUAAUAGAUAUUAAAUUUUUAUGAUUGCCGUUAAAUGAUUCACAUUCUGUUUAUUUUUUAUUUAUUUCAUCACUUUUAUUUUAAAUCUAUUUUUGUUAUAUCAUUUUAUUUUCACACAUUAUUUAUUUUCUCUGAAUUCUGUUUCAAUUCUGAAAUAAUUUAUUAAAUUAUUCACACUUUUUCCUGUUUUUUUUUUUAUUCAUUUUGAGGUUUUGUUUUCUCUUUAAAUAGUCUCCGAGCUGUCUGAUUGGUCGACGGCCUCAUUCGCGGUUCCUUAGUUACCAUGGUGACCGGAGGCAGUCCUUAACGAGGGCGGGCCGCUGUGGACAUCACUGUAUAAAGGGGGCGUGUGCCCGCUGUCCUGUACUCUGUGAUCGGUUAGUCUGUGUUUGCUGUGUUUCUGCAUGUUGGUGAUAAAAAACAAACAAACUGUGAAAUAAGAAACUUUGUUUGUUUCAGAGGAUUAAAGCUGCUCCCAGCUCUGAUUAACAUUUAAAAAUAAAAUCAAAAUAAAAACCUG